UCAAGUAAAAAUAAUAUUUUAUCAGGUAAGUUCAUCAAAUAUAUGUGCUUAUUAUUAUUUUACUUCAAAUUUCAAUAAUGCGCUCGUAAAAACGCAAAAAUAUCUUUGUGCCGAAAACGACCCUUCAUGCAUAUUCAGUACAUUUUUUUCCCGCUAAGUGCCUACCUGUUCUAACACGUUUCAAUGUUUUAUUUGUUAUUUUGCUUUGCUGGGUGGUUGGUUAUUGCAUGUUGUUGUGUUGCUUUUCAGCUAUGAAUGACAAAAAUAUAGAAGAGAUGCUUCGCAUGCUAGAAAGUGGCGAAAUUUCUGACGAUCAGCUGGAAUCCGACGGGGAAGACCUAGAUUAUUAUCCGUCUCGUCAAGAUCUUUUAGAUGAGUUGGAAGAAUCUCCUUUAGAAACAUUCAAUGGUAAUGGUAAAGAUAUCGAUCCAGCUAUUGAUCCUAUUGAUGCUAUUGAUCCUCCCGCAGUAACUGACAGUGACCCUCCAAUAGUACGUAAUAUUUCAACUCCUGAAAGCGCAAAUUAUAUGCCAAGUGGAGGUAGAAGUCUACUAUGGAGAAAACGAAACCUGGUCUAUUCUGAAGAUAAAAUAGCAUUUUCAGGUUCUGAAGAAUUAUCUUCUAAUAUUUUGGAAUUAGAUACACCGUAUCAAUUUUUUACGUACUUUUUCACUAAUGAGUUCUUAGAGUCUAUUGUUCAGGAAUCAAACUUAUAUGCAACUCAGCAACAACCUAAUAGAUUAGAAACAUACACAGUAGAAGACUUGCGAAAAUAUUUAGGGAUUAUCACUUUCAUGUCUGUUUACCACUACCCCAAUAUUCGGUCAUACUGGGGCAAAUUUGGGUUCGGCCCAAUACGAGAUACCAUGCCCGUGAACAAAUUUGAAAAAAUUAGAAGGGUAUUGCAUUUUAACGAUAACUCAAAACAUCUCCCAGUCGACCAUCCAGACCACGACAAGUUACACAAAUUGCGGCCUGUGAUAACACAUUUGAACGAAAAAUUUUCUAGUGUUACGAUUGACCAACGCUUGUCAAUCGAUGAACAGAUGUGCGCAACUAAAAUCGGACACUUUUUGAAGCAAUACAUGCCGAAUAAGCCUCACAAAUGGGGUUUCAAAUUAUUUGCCCUUUGCAGCUUACUCGGAUAUUCAUAUAAUUUUAUAAUAUACGCGGGUAAAGACAAGGAUGACGAGAGACUGCCAAGUGAACCUGAAAUAGGAGUUGUUGGACAAACUGUCAUGAGGUUGCUCAGAGUGGUUCCUAAGCAAAAAAAUCAUAUCGUAUAUUUCGAUAAUUAUUAUACAUCUUUGCCCCUAAUGUAUCAUUUGGCCACUGAAGGAAUCCAUUCCUUAGGAACCAUACAGCGAAAUCGUUUGGGCAAAACUUGUAAAUUGCCUCAUAAACAAGACGUAAUGAAAAGUUCUAUACCUCGAGGAACAUAUGAAGAAUAUGUCACAAAUUUUGAAAAUGUGGACAUAUCUGCAGUUUCGUGGAAGGACAACAAACAAGUUGUCCUGGCAUCCACUUACGUCGGUGCAGAACCUGUGGAAACAAUCCAUAGGUAUGAUAAAAAAUUGAAACGAAAAAUCGAAAUUGCUUGCCCCAAACUCGUAAAAGAGUAUAACGCUCAUAUGGGAGGCGUCGACCUGAUGGAUUCUCACCUUGGCAGGUAUAGGAUUCGCAUCAAAAGCAGAAAAUGGUACAUGAGAAUAUUUUAUCAUCUGUUAGACCUGACCAUCAUCAAUGCCUGGAUUCUUUACAGAAAAGUUAUGGGUCAAAGAGGGAAAGCCAGCAAAGAUAUCAUGAAUCUUGCAGACUUUCGUUCUGAAUUAGCAGACACACUUUGCAAAUAUUCCACACCUAUACCGAGGGGUCGUCCACGUUCUACAUCAACUACAGCAGCUGGCCCGCCUCCCAAGAUACGGAAAGGAAAGCCUUGUCAAGUUUUACCCCCAAAUGACGUUAUACUCGAUGGCGUGGGCCAUGAACAAAUAAGGACACCUAAUAGGAUGAGAUGUAUGUUUCCAGCCUGCAAUUUGAAGACUGUAAUUAUGUGUGCGAAAUGUAAAGUUCAUUUAUGCGCUAAAAAAAGCAAAGACUGCUUCAAUGACCUUCACAAAAAAUAAUAAACUAACUAAUGCAUGUAGUGCCGAAAACGGCACAUGUUGAUUUUUGGUAAAAAUAUACGUAAAUACAUAA